AUGGAAGAGCCGGAGCUGCUUGAGAUAUUGUGCAAGCAGUUCUAUGAAUCCCGCGAUGCCCAACGACGGGUCGAGGCAGAGAAGGUGUUGUACCACUUCCAGGAUGACCCCGAAGCGCUUUCCAAGUGCCAAACGUUGUUGGACCGAGCAAACUCGAGCUUCUCGCAACUGUUUGCCACCACCAUCCUGACCAAGCUGGUGACGAAGAACAUACAAGUCUUGCGAAUGCAGCAACGUGUAGACAUACGGAAUUACGUGCUUAAUUAUUUAGCAACCCGUCCGAAUCUGCAGCCAUUCGUUAUCCAAGCCUUAAUAUCGCUGCUGGUCAAGAUAACCAAACUCUGCUGGAUUGAUAUGUACGAUAGCGAGUAUGUGUUCCAAAACAUCCUGCAAGAUGUGAAGGAGUUCCUGGGUGGUUCGGUAGAACACUGCGUUAUAGGAGUACAAAUUCUGUCGCAACUGACAGUGGAGAUGAAUCAACAAUCGGAAGCGGCAUGCAACCUCACCUUUCCCAAACACCUUCGCAUUACGAGCUUGUACCGCGACAAAAUGCUGUAUGACAUCUUUAUACUAGCCUGUACGCUACUUAGUCAGGCGAAGGAUAGCGUAUGCAAGAACCAAAACUGUCUCGAUGAAGCCCAGCAAGGACUGUUCACUCAUCUGCUCGAGCUGGCGCGGAAUUGCUUGAGCUACGAUUUCGUUGGUGCCACUGCCGAUGAGUCGUCGGAUGAUAUCGCUACGGUGCAAAUUCCGACCAACUGGCGGCCUGCCUUUUUAGACUCGGAGUCCGACUCGCUGAAAUUGUUCUUCGAUCUAUACCACAUGCUGCCAACGCAUCUAUCUAGCCUGGCGCUAUCCUGUUUGGCGCAGAUUACAUCGAUUCGGCGCUCGAUCUUUAGCAACCCGGAGCGUAUUAAGUUUCUCACAAAGUUGGUAAAAGGAGCGACCGACAUUCUCAAAACAUCACACGGAUUGAGCGAUCCCGAGAACUACCAUGAGUUCUGCCGAUUAUUGGCGCGCUUAAAAUCCAACUACCAGCUCAGUGAACUGGUCAUAGUUGAAAACUACCCCGAAGCAAUUCAGCUAAUAGCCAAGUUUACGGUACAAUCACUGCAAAUGUGGCAAUCGGCACCGAAUAGCAUUCAUUACUUGCUGUCGCUAUGGCAACGAUUGAUCGCGUCAUUACCGUACGUGAAAUCACCGGAACCGCAUUACCUAGAAACCUACACACCGGAGGUGACAAAAGCAUUCAUUACCUCCAAGCUGGACGCCGUCCCAGUGAUUGUGCGAGAAGGGCUCGAAGACCCAGUAGACGAUACCGACAUGGUACAGCAGCAGUUGGAGCAGUUUGCUACGAUUGGUCGUUGUGAGUACGAUAAAACCUGUGCACUGCUGGUGCAGCUAUUCGACCAAACGGCCAACCGCUACCAAGAGAUACUGUCCAGUCCUUCUGCGGCAAAUCAUAUCGAUUUGCAAAUAUGCGAAGGACAACUAACGUGGUUAGUGUACAUCAUUGGCGCCUCGAUCGGUGGCCGAAUCGCAACUCCCUCGUUCGACGAUCAUGACGUGCUGGAGUGUGACAUUAUCAUUCGAGUGCUGCAGCUGAUGACGCUAACGGAUUCGCGGCUGCCCCAGUGUGGCUGUGAAAAGCUGGAAUUAGCCUUCAUGUAUUUCCUAGCGCAUGUACGCAAGAUCUACAUCACGGAACACAUGCAGAAGUUGAAAAUGUUCCCUCGCCUGUCCGAGAUACUGGGAGUAAGCGAUGACGAUAUGACCAUGCUGACGGUCACAAGCCGGAAGAUCAUAACAAAUCUUAAAUAUUUAGGCAACUCGGAAUCGGUACUACGAAAGACGCUUGCUUUGCUGAACGAUCUGACCUUAAUCUGCUCUUCCGUGCGAAAGCUUAUUAAAUUAGACGAAAUUCAGUUUAUGCUCAACAAUCGUACGCGUGAACACUUUUCGUUCCUAGGAUCCGGUACGGUAGCAGCCACACGCUGCCGUAGCAUGUUUUACACUUGCCUUGGCCGUUUGCUGAUGAUGGAUCUCGGAGAAGAUGUGGAACGGUUCAACACAUUCAUGAUGCCGCUCACGAAAACGAUCGAGAACAUAAUAAUGAUGAACUUUCCAAGCGAAGAAGCAAAGAAGGAGUUAAUUGGACUGUCGCGUGAUCUACGAGGAUUGGCGUUAGCGUUUAAUGCUAAAAUACCCUACAUGAUGCUGUUUGACUGGAUCUAUCCGGACUAUUCGCCUAUUUUAAUUCGCGCUGUGCAAAUGUGGGCCCACGAUCCUACGGUUACGACGCCUGUGCUGAAAUUGUUCACCGAGCUAGUCUACAACCGAUCGCAGCGUUUGCUGUUUGAUGUGUCUAGUCCAAACGGUAUCCUGUUGUUCAGAGAAACGUCCAAGUUGAUCUGUUGUUACGGAGAAAGCAUGCUGUCGCUUAAUGUGCCCAGCGAGCAGAUGUACCCGAUGAAGCUGAAAGGAAUUUCGGUGUGCUUUCAAAUGCUGAAACAAAUCCUCAGCGGAAAUUACGUAAAUUUUGGCGUGUUUAAAUUGUACGGAGACAACGCUCUAGACAACGUGCUUAACAUGACCGCCAAACUGAUAUUGACCAUCCCGCACGAGGAUAUACUAGUUUACCCGAAGCUAUCGCUAUCUUACUACACGCUUAUACAGUGCUUAGCCCAGGAUCACAUCUCAUACCUGUCCACACUGGAACCACCGCUGUUUUUGUACAUUCUAGAAAGUAUAUCCCAAGGAUUGAAUGCAUUAGAAACCGUGAUUUGUUCAUCUUGUUGCCAAACGUUGGAUCACAUUGUGACGUACAUUUUCAAACAGCUGCAACUGAAUGUUUCUACAUUCCCAAACAAGAAACAUCGCCAGGCAGUUCCGCCGGAAAACAACAUGUUUUUGAAAGUGAUGGAAUUACACCCCGAAAUACUGCAGGGCCUGCUAUCGAGCAUGAUGAACAUAGUUAUGUUCGAAGACUGUAAACAUCAUUGGUCCAUGUCCCGCCCGUUGCUCGUGUUAAUACUAUUGUACGAGGAUUGCUUUCGACGUAUCCGUGAAACGUUCAUUCAAUCCCAACCCGUGGCUAAGCAACAAAACAUUGCGCGACUGUUCGAUGUGCUGAUGGAUGGUAUCGAGCGAAACCUGCUCACUCAGAAUCGGGACAAAUUUACGCAAAACCUGUUGCAGUUCCGCCGAGACGUUAAUGCAUCUCUCAAGAUUACUCCGCAGCCAAACUCAACGGCAAACGAAAUGGUAGUGUAUUGA